AUGGCGAUCUCAGCCAUCGCUAAGGACAUCACUCGGUUUACGCUGCAGAACGUGAACGAUGUAAUAUCCUUCAAGCCGCACCUCUGCCACGAGGUGCCCGCGCGCCACUACGACAUGCUGCGCCAAGAGUACAUUUCCUACACUGGCACGUCCAUUAGGAAAAACAAGUGCAAGCUGUUUUACCUGCCCACGAACGUUUCGGACGAACUGCACAUAAUGAAGCAGCUGUCUCCGGACAUAGGGAUGGGGUCGGGCCACGGAGGUGCUGUGCAAGAGCAUUGCGGCGUAAAAAUGGAGAACAAUGGGGCAUGGGCGCCAGAGAAAAACGGAGGCUAUGGGGGGAACAGCCGUACAGUGUACUACAAGAAAAGGUUAAUUACGGAGUUGGACUACGAGAACGUGAAGCGCGUGGAGAAGGCGUGCAUGCUGAUAGCGUAUGCUGCUGUAAACCAGUGCCUGCAUAUAGAGACAUCUGAUGGCAAAAGCAGCGGGGGGCUUCCUUAUAGCCGCAGUGCGGGCGACGAUGACGACGAGGAGCGCGACCACGGCCCAGGUUCCGGAGAGGAGUACUGCGAGGAGUGCGCCCGUAAGUCAUUGGAGCGCGGGGAAAUGCUCGGGUUCCGGGAGCUAGGGUACCUGAUCAAUAUCACGCCGUGGCACUUCCACCGGGUGUUCAAGGUGCUGGCGGGGCUGACGAUCCGGGAGUACGGCCAGCUGUGCUGCGACUUCCUGAAGGGCCAGGAGGACGUUCUGUUCCGCGUGAGGGACCGUGUGACGCUCUUGCGCGAGUGCGGCCACAGCUUUUCCUGUCUAGACGACGAAGAGUUUAUGGGCGAGGACGUGUCUGCGAUCACGAGCCUUGACUGCGGCUCGCUGGAGGACGAGAGCGAAGAGGCGAGCGUGGUUGUGCUUCCGGACUACUUCAUCGACCCCAACAAGAGCAAGGAACUCAAAAAGAAGCUGAAGGAGCAGAAGUCCAACGGUACUACCAGUGACCAUGGGAACCGAAUCGAGCUGCGCAAGCGAAGGUACAGUCUCAUGUCUCACCGCAUCAUGAAGGCGUCUGCGUCCAGCAUAAAGAACAACCCCACCAUAAUGGACUGCCUUGAGAACUGCACGAUUACGCGUGACGAAUACGAACGUCGGCAGAGCCAACGAUACCUGCAGCGCAGCAAGCUGAAGAAGCGCGGCAAGAAACCCACACAGCUGGCGGCCGUGAGGAAGCCGCCCUACCAUCGCAGGACAAGCAGCGAGUCGCAUGGCAUACUCAAGAAUGCCGUGAUGGACCAGUCGACGGUAGCCGACAUGAUGGCCGCAGCGGAACAGGAGAGCCAGGAUUGCAUCUCCCACGAGGAGUCGCUUCCCAUAUUCCAGGGCCCGCCCUCCGGCCGCCAGCUGGACACAUCGUCUGCGUCCUCGACGUCUGCGUCCUCGUCUGCCCUGCCACCCAGCUACGACUACGACCAGGAUAGCCAAUCGCUUGGCCACUUCUCCAGCCCCACGCAGUCUGUUCUCGACUUCAAAUUCCCGCCCGCAAUGGCGACGGGGCAUCAGACCCCAGACCUCAACUCGGUGCUAAACAGCACCACGCCGGUCCCGCCCCAAACCGUCGCCAGCGCCGGCACCAGUGUCUCCAGUGGCGCCAGCUCUGCCCUUGCCGUAGGCGCAUCCGCCCCGGACCCCUUUGCCGGUGACUCCUACAAGUACAGUCUUGGCGUCGGGCUGUCCUCCAUGGGCACCUCGGACUCCGCCAUGCUGCCGGGCGCGGGCCCUGCGGCAGGCGGCAUGUUCUACGAUCCCUUGGUCAUGCCUACGUUCCCAGCUGCCGCCUCUGACUUCGACGCGGCCACCAUAGCGGCUGCUCCCGGCACUCCCUCGCAGGGCGGGCCAGCAAACUACAAUAUUUCUUCUAUGGUGUACUCAGGACUGCCACUGCAGCAGCAGCCCUCGCAGCAGCAACAGCAGCAGCUAUUUGACUUCGGUCCACUAUUCGGCGCCCCGGUGGCCUCGCAAGCUGCCCCGCCCUACACAGGCAACCCGCCCGCCCUGGGCACCAUGGAAUACCUGGUCUCUUCCUCGGGCGGCAUCUUCAAGGACGAUGAGGAUGGGCUCUAG